GAGAAUGACAACGCGCCGGUGCUGCUGGCGCCUCGGGUGGGUGGUACUGGCGGCGCUGUAAGCGAGCUGGUGCCGCGGUUGGUGAGUGCGGGCCACGUGGUAGCAAAGGUGCGCGCGGUGGACCCCGACUCGGGCUACAAUGCGUGGCUUUCGUAUGAGCUGCAGCCAGCAGCAAGCAGAGCUCGGUUCCCGUUCCGCGUGGGGCUGUACACGGGCGAGAUUAGCACGACUCGUGUCCUGGACGAAGCGGACUCUCCGCGCCACCGCCUGCUGGUGCUAGUGAAGGAUCAUGGUGAGCCGGCGCUGACGGCCACGGCCACGGUGCUGGUGUCGCUGGUGGAGAGCGGCCAGGCUCCAAAGGCGUCUUUGAGGCCUUCGACCGGCGCUGUGGGUCCCGAAGCGGCGCUGGUGGAUGUCAACGUGUACCUGAUCAUCGCCAUCUGCGUGGUAUCCAGCCUUCUGGUGCUCACACUGCUACUGUACACUGCGCUGUGGUGCUCAGCGCCGCCCACUGAGGGUGGGUGCCCGGCGGGCAAGCCCACUCUGGUGUGCUCCAGUGCGGUGGGAAGCUGGUCAUACUCGCAGCAACAGCGGCAGAGGUGUGCUCUGGUGAGGGGCCACUGAAGACGGACCUCAUGGCCUUCAGCCCCAGCCUUCCUCCUGAUCUGGGAUCAGUUGAUGUCGGCGAACAGCAAGAUUUAA